AUGGCCUAACAAGACAUUGGAACAAAUUUACAGGUUUCUUAUGCAAUUAACAAAUGAUGAAAGUGAGAUCAAUUUGGCAACUGGGGAAGUAGAUCAAGAAUUUGCUGAGUAGAAAUGGGCAAACUCUGAGGAAGUUAUAGAACAGUGGACUACAAGAGGCCAACAUAUGAGGUAGUCAUGAGGACAUUCAGGCCCUACUUGGAUGAUGGUAAAGCUGCAAAAUGUAAAUCGACAAAAUGGUAGAUGAAACAAGGAUCUUGUAUCCGAGGCACCAUUUUGCUUGCCUAAGAUCUUCUAAUCAUAUUGCCUGUCAAUUUUCUCCUCGCCAAUAUGGAUUUUUGGUAUAUUUUGAAUGAAAAUGAAAUUCGUUCCAUUUCCAUACAUACGAUAUGAAUCUACCCUAAAAUCUUUACGUUUUUGAAAUUCAUGUUUUGUUCAAUAAGAAAAUAAAAUUUGUUAAUUGCCCAACUUGUUGGGUGGUAAGUUCCUUUGUAUGGAAUAAAAUUUAUGCUUAAGU